AUGAGUGGCAGGUUCUUUCCGCAACACGAAGAGCAGUUGGCCAAGCUGGAAUCCAGAAUGAAAGUCCUCCUCAGUCUUCUCGCCUUGUCCCUCUCGCUGGCUUUGUGCAAUGGCGCUUGUUCUACUCAUCCCAAGGAAUCAGAGAUGAAAAACGGUAAACCGGUGUUCCCCAAGGGAUGUGUCGAUCCAUAUAAUGAGAAGAACCAUAAACUCGGAGAUUCAUGGAACACAAUGAAUUGCUUGAAGUGUGAAUGCAAGAGGAAAGAAGUCGAGUGCUGCCCCAGACGGAAGUGCAAGAACUGAAAAGAGAUCUGGCUUGGAAGCCAGGCUGUACAUUAUGGACAUCACAGGUGUAAACAUCCUUGAUAUUCAACGUUGCUCCUCCUCCCUUAUUGUUUGGCCUAUUUUUCAGAAAUAGGUUAUAGCCCUCCAUUACUACAGUCCUAUCAUGAGACUCAUCCCAUCAAGUUUCAGUGAUGCUACUUUUAGAGCAUAUAUGCUUUGUUGUAUUAAGAGUUCAAGUUCAUCUUGUUUAUUUCCAGUGAUUUGACCCUGGGAGGAGUGGUUUAGGGAGCUAACAUAAAGGCAUUCUUUGAUUUAUUAAAAGGAGAGAGACAUGCA